AUGUAUCGUUUAGGGUGCAAAGAAGGCACCUUAAAUUCUUGCUUUACUAGAGCUGAUAUAGAUAAAAUUGGUGAAAAACUACUUAAAGUGGCUGAUGUACCAGACAUCCACGUUACUCUCAGAGCUGCGUUGCUCGACAUCUUGUUGUUUGGUGCUCCUGCAAUCCUUCAAAGUGACAAUGGUUCUGAAUUUACACCUCAUGUCAUCAGAGAACUAAAAGAUCUUUGGCCAGAUCUCAUCAUGGUCCAUGGAAAACCAAGACAUCUCCAAAGCCAAGGUUCUGUGGAACGGGCCAAUGGGAACAUCAAGGAUAUGUUUAUUGCUUGGAUGUCAGACAACAACACACAGGAUUGGUCCAUUGGUGUACGUUUUGUCCAAAACAUGAAGAACUCCGCCUAUCGCUCAGGUAUCAAGCUCACACCAUACAAAGCUAUGUUUGUUUGUGAUCCUAAAGUGGGUCUAACAUCAUCAUAUCUCCCUUCAGAGGUUCUUGAGAGACUUCAGACAGAAGAUGACCUGCUUGCCCUUAUUUCAGAACCAACAGAAGAUGAAGUGUCAGCUCACACCUCGCCUACAGCAGACACUACAGCAUCAACCAACACUACUCACCCUACACCAGACCCUACAACAUCAGUUUCCACCAGCCCCUACAGCAUCAGCCGACACUGCGCAGUCUCCACCAGUCCCUACAACAUCAGUCGACGCUAA